CCAGCCACAGCCGCCACUGCCUACCGGCCGGACUGGAAUCGUCUGAGCGGCCUGACCCGCGCCCGGGUAGAGACCUGUGGGGGAUGACAGCUGAACCGCCUAAAGGAGGUGAAGGCUUUCAUCACCCAGGACAUUCCAUUCUAUCACAACCUGGUGAUGAAACACCUCCCUGGGGCCGACCCUGAGCUCGUGCUGCUGGGCCGCCGCUACGAGGAACUGGAGCGCAUACCGCUCAGUGAAAUGACCCGCGAAGAGAUCAACGCGCUGGUGCAGGAGCUCGGCUUCUACCGCAAGGCGGCGCCCGACGCGCAGGUGCCCCCCGAGUACGUGUGGGCGCCCGCUAGGCCCCCGGAGGAAACUUCGGACCACGCCGACCUGUAGGUCCGGGGGCGCGGCGGAGCUGGGACCACCCUGCCUGAGUCCUGGAGACAGAAUGAAGCGCUCAGCAUCCCGGGAAUACCUCUCUUGCUGAGGGCCGAUGCCCCGUCCCCGGGCCAGCAGGGAUGAAAGGUUCUCCCAACCCCACUUUCUUCCCUCCCCAGCUCCACUAAAUUCCCUCCUGCCUUAACUGA